AUGCGUGCCCAACUGGUCGCCUCUCUGCUCCGCGCCCGCCCCGCCGUCCGCCGCGUCGCGCCCGCGUUCGCGCGCCCCUCCAGCAGCAGCCACGGCGAGGAGGAGACGUUCGAGUCCUUUACGGAGCGCUACGUCACGUUCUUCAAGCAAGCCCAGGACCUCUUCGAGGUGCAACGCGGUCUGAACAACUGUUUCGCGCACGAUCUCGUGCCCGCGCCCUCUGUCGUCGAGGCUGCGGUUCGUGCCGCCCGCCGUGUCAACGACUACGCGACCGCGGUCAGGAUCUUCGAGGGCGUCAAGGAGAAGGUGGAGAACAAGCAGCAGUACCAGGCUUAUCUCGAUGAACUCAAGCCCGUGAGGGAUGAACUUGGUAUUACCCUCAGAGAGGAGCUCUACCACUCAUGA